AUGUCUACCCGCUACCACCAAGCUGCUAGUGAUAGCUACCUGGAACUUCUGAAAGAGGCUACGAAGAGAGAUCUGAAUCUUUCUGAUGAAGAUGGCAUGACUCCCACGCUCCUGGCGGCCUACCAUGGGAACUUAGAAGCCCUAGAAAUCAUCUGCAGCAGAGGUGGGGACCCUGAUAGAUGUGAUAUAUGGGGGAAUACUCCUCUACACUAUGCAGCCUCCAAUGGCCAUGCCCACUGUGUCUCAUUCUUGGUCAACUUUGGUGCCAACAUCUUUGCCCUUGACAAUGACAUGCAGUCUCCACUGGAUGCUGCUGCCAGCAGGGAACAGAAUCAAUGUGUUGCUCUCCUGGAUAAGGCUGCCACUACCCAGAAUAUCCUCCAGCUCUCAGCCGAGGAGGACAACUGUGUGCAACAUGAAUCCAUUCUCAGCCGUCCAGGACUAGGAAAUAUUGUUUUUAGAGGGAACACAGUGCUGAGCCCUGAAGACUUCUCAGACAGCAAGAGGGCGUUGGGGCUUAAAAUUUCCAGUGAAUUGCUUCAGAGACAAGGAGCAGCAGAGGCUGAUGAAGCUGAGGCUGAUGAAGAGGGAGAAGAAAAUGGCCAUGGUGAUGAGCUGCCUUGGGAUAAGGAUGAAGUGGAGUGGGAGGAAGAUAUGGUUGAUGCUACUCCCCUGGAAGUGUUCUUGAAGUCCCAUCACCUGGAAGAGUUCCUUCCCAUUUUCAUGAGAGAGCAGAUUGAUCUAGAAGCUCUGUUGCUUUGCUCUGAUGAGGACCUUCAGAGCAUACGAAUGCAGCUAGGCCCCAGGAAGAAAGUUCUUAAUGCCAUAAACAGGAGGAAGCAGGUGCUACAGCAUCCUGGGCAGAUGGUUGACACCAGCCUCUGAUGGAGAGUGUCAACAGAGAUGAGCUUGCAGCAAUAG